AUGGCUGAUCGUUUGUGCAAUCAGUUUGAUACAUUAAGGAAGCUUUUUCAAGAUGAAUUGAAAGCAUCUGGAGAAUAUAAUUUUCAAAAGGCAACAUUUAAUAAAUAUUGUCCCAAUGGAGAAUGCAGUGCUGAUACGGAUAUAGUUAACGCUGGGUGUUUAUGGUUAUUUAAUCAAUUUUUUGGUACAUCUGGUACAUCACAUUACCAUGAUGUUUAUAAGGAUGUGACUGUAUGUAUUAUGAUAUGGUUAAGUUAUAAAUUAAGCCUAAAGCCACCUGAAAACAUCAACACAUUAAAAGAAUUUUAUUAUAAUUAUAUAGAAAAUAACACGGAGUACACUAAGAAUAAACUUAAUGAUGGGAAAUUUAAAAGUUAUAAGGAAAUCAUAGAUGAAAUAAAGGGAUAUAUGGAUAUUAAUAUUAGUUAUAUGUCUAAAUUUGAUGAAUUACUUAAAUUACUAUGUAAGAUGAAUACUUCUUAUACGAAAGGUAAAAGUACCAUUUUUUCAGAAGAUGCUAAUAAAUUUGUUGAUAAAUAUAAAGACCUCCUUAAUGAUAAUAUUAAUAUUGACAACAGUCCAUACAGUAAAAUAUUACUUAUUUUAUCCAAUUAUUAUAGUAAUUUUGAAAAAAACAGAGCUAUUCGUAAUACACAAAUGAAAUUUCCACCAUUACCAACAGAAAAAAUACCCAAAAAAGAUCAUGUAGAAGGUAUUAAAGUAACUAAAGAAACUGAACCAUCGAGUGAAACAGAUCAGUCAUAUAUUGCAACGACAAACCUGAUUGCUAACACUACAUUAUCAGACUCAUCACUAGUAAAUAAAUUAAUUAUAGUUUUAUCGAUAUUAGCUGCAAUAGCAUUUUUUUUAGGAAUUUCAUAUAAGUAUUCAUUAUUUGGAUUUCGGAAACGAUCUCAAAAACAAAAAUUAAGAGAAAAGCUAAAAAAAUAA